AUGCUUGCGGUAGCGAACGAGAAGGGCAUGAACCUCAAUCACUGGGAUGUGGAGCAGGCGUAUACACACGCUACGCUAGACAAGGAGGUUUUUCUGAGACUCCCUGCUGGGUGCGGCGACAAAUCGCAUAAGAAUGUUGUGGCUGAGCGUGCGAUUUAUGGUCUGAAGCAGAGCGCGCGCCACGCCCACGCCCCGACGAAGCGGCACUGGGAUGUCAUACAGAAGAUCCUCGUCUACCUGAAAGGGACGAGCGACCUCGGCAUCACCUACCAACGGAGAUCGGGGUUAGGGCUUGCCGUGUACGUAGACGCUAGCUACGCCGACACGAAGGAUAGGCGUUCGAUGUCAGGGUUGGCGACGACGGUCGGAGGUACCGUAGUCAGCCAUGGUAGCAAGACGCAGAGCAUCGUGUCUUUGUCUUCGACGGAAGCCGAGUACAUUGCUGCCGGGGAGGGCGUCAAGGAGGCGUUAUUUGUGCGUGAUGUGCUUUCGUUUGUUGCCCCAGAGCCCAGUGGUAGCAGCAUCCAGGUCCUUGAGGGCAACCAGGGGGCCAUAGCGUUGGUGCAGAACCCUCUCAGCUCAGGUCGAACGAAACACAUCGACGUGCGGUUUCAUUUCAUCCGCGGAUUGUUUCGGCCGGGGGAUAUAGCGGUCAAGUUUGUCCCGACAACGGAGCAACACGCGGACCUCCUCACCAAGGGCCUUAGCAGGGCCAGUCUGCAGUAUCACCGGCGCAAGCUGAUGAUUUUGCCGGAGUAGCUGUAGCAGUUUCUAGCACUUGGGAGAGGCCAUGUUUUCCAUGCGGGGAGGGCGCAAAACUGUUGCGGUCUGUGUACCAAUGGCAGGAGUAGGGGGCGUUUGGAGACCAUCGUCCGGGGGAACGUAGUUCCUCGCGUACUUGUCUUCGCCUUGGCCUUUCUAAUAAGUGCGGCCGUUGUGAUCCGCUGUGAUAGCUACGGUUCAUUGUGGUGGUAGGGUUUUUCUUUAGGGGUUUUGCUCGGACGCCGGGUUUCCCAUCCAUGUAUUACCCUGUUGGUAUUUUCUAAUGUAUCCAGGGGCGUUCUUGCCCAAUUGAUGGUUAGUCACUUGCGUGCAGAACCAGGGAGGGUGUUCGUGGGCCUGUGAACAUUGGUAUUGGAUACAUGUGCUGGAUGAUUUUGUGUCACACAGACUGGUAAGAUUACCGUUUGGUAGGGGGCACCGCGAUGAUUCACGGGGCCCCUCCUUGCUGUGGGAGCCGCUCUUUGAGCACUCCCUCUCUCGUCCGUGUGAAGGACGGUCGUCGACCUCUCGUGAAGUUAUUACAUCACCAAAACAGUCUCACCCGAUCAAUAAGUGGCGUAGGCCGCAUACACAUAGUUCUCCACAAGCGCUGCCUCGGGCGCCCUACUCGCUUUUACACCAGCGCCCGGUCGCCGUUUCUUCCCCCCCGCCGCCGCUUCCCCGGCUCUCUUCCUCGUCGGUCCUGAGAUGGUCGUACUCCCUGCUUCUGCUUCCCUCACGCGCUGGCGCUUCGCGGACGCUUCCGCCUCCUGCCUGUGCCAUUUCCUCAUGAACCACGACGCCCCGUCCUCGACCUUGUUGUACCACACCUCCGGGUCUGUGGCGCUCUCUUUCCAUUUCCCCCCUUCCUUUUCGUCUCCCAUGUUGAAGGCCACGAGGUCCUCUCCUAGACGAGACACCCAGUCGCUCUCCUGCCCGCCCCGGU